AUGAUUAGCGAAUUUUUCAUUCUCAACUCUAAGGGAGGACUAGUGGUUUCCAAAUCCAUCAAGGAUAACCUCCGUAAAAACCUUGCUGAGGUGUUCCGGAUCCAGGUCAUAUCCAACAUCCAGGUGGGCUCGUCCAAGAACCUGUCGCCGGUAUUGACACUUGGGUCCACGAGCUUCUUGUACUUGAAGUACAAUGAUCUCUUUUUUGUGGCCGUCACCCGAUCCAACCAGGACUGCUCCAUCAUCCUCGAGUUCAUGUACAAGUUUGUCGACCUCUUAAACAGCAUCAUUUUGACGAUCAAAAACAACUUCAUCUCCGUGGGUGAGAUCUUGGACGAGGUGUUGGACAACGGAUACCCGCAAACGAUGGAGCCGGACUCGAUCAGACACUGCAUCUCGGACGAAAAGUUGCAAAAGCGCAAAAAUAUCCGAAAGAACACUAACAGCGGCUCUGAAACGGUUUCAGAUAGUGGUCUCAUCUCCCGCAGCACGAGUUUUCCCACUGAGGCCAACCAGCUUUCAACUUCGGAUAUUACAUGGAGACGUGAGGGCAUUAAAUACAGACGGAACGAGAUCUUCUUGGAUGUGCAUGAGAAAAUUAACUUGUUGAUGAACGCGACGGGGCAGGUGCUAAACUCAUAUAUUGACGGCCACAUUCAGAUGAAGACCCGCUUAUCGGGUAUGCCAAUCUGCAAUAUAGGCCUCAAUGACUCCACCCAGAUCAUGUCCGAUAUGCCCACCAACGGCUUCGACGACUCAUUAACAGGCCACGUGACGCACUUAUCCAACUGCAACUUCCACCAGUGUGUCUCGUUGACCAAGUUCGACACUGACCGUAUCAUCCGGUUUGUGCCACCCGACGACGAAAAGUUCGAAUUGAUGUCCUACCGAUGCCAGGCGCCUCUGCCAUCGAUACAUACGUCGCAGGGGAUCAACUUACCGUUUAUCGUCAAGCCCAUUGUUACUACCAGCUUUGCCCGUAUCAUCUACCGGAUCCACAUCCAUUCUUUGUACAGCCGCAAGUUCAGCUCAAAGAAUGUGGAGUUGAAAAUCCCGAUCCCAAAGGACGCCUCUACAAAUUCCAGGUCCUACAAAAUCGUCACCAGUCUGGGAAAGACCAAGGUUAUGCCGUAUGACAAUUGUUUGAUCUGGCGGUUCAGCAAAUACGGUGGAGACCAGGAAGCCUCCUUGGAGGCGGAGUUCCAGAUCCAGAGCAACGCCACUACCACCCCCGGAAACGCUUUGAUGGCCUUGGCCAUAGAUCAGGACAGCGAAGCAUGGAAGAAACCACCGAUUCAAUUGCACUUUGAAUUUAACAUGUCGUCGCUUUCUGGGAUGGCUAUCAAGUUUUUGAAGGUGGAGGAGCCGACAAGUUACUCUACUGUAAAGUGGAUUAACUAUAUUUCGAAGGCUGGCAGUUACGAGAUUAGAUAUUAA